UUAUGGCAUCAUUUUUAACCUGUGAUUAUAUUUUCUAAAAGCUGUGACACUAUGGUCGGUCAAUGUCUGAUAUGACAAAAUGUCUUUUUGACGUAUUUCGCCGACAAAAAAUAUUUGGAAAAUAUAUUUUAUAAACCAUGGGAGGCUCGCAGAGCACUCGAAAACUAAGUGUUGAUAACGAAAAUGCCAUUCAAGUAUCUCAAGAAGCAAUAGACCGGAUACAAGCUCAGCUACAAGCCAAACAAGCUGAGCAACCACAGCCUACACCUCAGUACACUGCUCCUCCACCGCCAUACUAUGAUCAACGGAAACAGCACGAAUAUGCAGCUGAAGAAGCUUACUGGGUUCGUCGUAUAGAAAACUUGAAACGAGCACAUGACAAAAUAAACAGCGGCAUGCAUAUUGAGUAUCAAAAGACAUUGAAAGAGGCCAAUGAAUUGUUUGAUAUGGUAAAAGAUGAUAAAAUGGCAAGCAAAUUGCCACCGUGCCAGGAAGAGAAAGCUAAGGUCCUUCAAUGCUACAGCACAAAUCCAGACAAGUCACUGCUGUGUUCUGUGUUAGUGAAUGAGUUCAAUGACUGUGUGUGCAAGAGCCGGGUGGCGGCCGUGACGGCGUCCUGAGCUGUGUAUAUAAUCAAUUAGAUAAAGAUUCCAAACCCGUAUCACUAACUAUAUACUGCGACUUCAGAAACAAGGCAUGGCUCUGCGCAGUAGAUUUAAUUAUUGCUGUAUGAAUAAAAUGUUAUUAAUUUA